CUGUGUUCCCUUUCUGUUGAUGUUUACUUUUGUUGAUUUGAUUUCAAAAUCUGUGCUCUUCUUCUAAUGAUAAAUAUGAUCCAAACUGAUUCCUGUACCGUUGAAGCGAGCAACGCCAGUCUUUUAUAUUGAUGAUGUAGCUUAUAAUGACACCAUGUUGGAUCUUUCAGAAUCUGGCAUUUGUUUGACACUAUGUUGGAAAGAUCACUGUAUUGGUUGCCACAGGUUGUGUCAAUUGUCAAGAUUGUUAUAUCUUAAGCAAAUGAUUCAUUCAGUGCUUGAUGGUGAUGGAUAAUAAAACUUUUGGUCUUUAUUUUGCUAGGUUUCGACCACGCAUACUUAUCGACGUGUCCAGAAUUGAUAUGACCACAACUGUGCUUGGUUUCAAGAUAUCAAUGCCAAUUAUGAUUGCUCCCACUGCCAUGCAGAAAAUGGCCCACCCAGAAGGAGAAUAUGCAACUGCAAGGGCAUCAUCAGCAGCUGGCACCAUUAUGACAUUAUCAUCAUGGGCUACUUCCAGCGUCGAGGAGGUUGCUUCCACAGGACCAGGAAUUAGAUUCUUCCAGCUCUAUGUAUACAAAGAUAGGAAUGUAGUUGCACAGCUUGUAAGGAGGGCUGAAAGGGCUGGGUUCAAGGCAAUAGCUCUCACUGUGGAUACUCCAAGACUUGGGCGUAGGGAAGCAGACAUCAAGAACAGAUUCACCUUGCCUUCAUUUUUAACUCUGAAGAACUUUGAGGGUUUGAACCUUGGCAAGAUGAACAAGGCCGAUGACUCUGGGCUGGCAUCUUAUGUUGCUAGCCAAAUUGAUCGAACACUAAGUUGGAAGGAUGUUAAGUGGUUGCAGACAAUCACUACUAUGCCAAUUUUAGUGAAAGGAGUUCUCACUGCUGAAGAUACAAGGUUGGCCAUACAAAAUGGUGCAGCUGGUAUCAUUGUGUCCAACCAUGGAGCUCGCCAGCUUGACUACGUCCCUGCUACCAUCACUGCUCUGGAAGAGGUUGUCAAAGCUGCACAAGGCCGAGUUCCUGUCUUUCUAGAUGGUGGUGUUCGUCGUGGAACAGAUGCAUUCAAGGCUUUAGCUUUGGGAGCCUCCGGUGUAUUUAUUGGAAGGCCUGUGGUGUUUGCUUUGGCUGCUGAAGGCGAGGCUGGUGUCAGAAAGGUGCUUCAAAUGCUUCGCGACGAAUUCGAGCUGACUAUGGCAUUAAGUGGUUGCACCUCGCUCAAAGAAAUCACUCGCAGACACAUAAUAACUGAGGCAGACAUGCAUCGUCCUGUAUCCAGGUUAUAGAUUACCUGGAGGAUUUCUUUUUAAGCUCCAAGAACAGAGAGCUACAUAUAAGCUCUGCUUUCGGGAGAAUUUCAUUUCAGAAGCCUAUUUGUCCAGGCGAUAAAAUUCCAAUGGAUUUCAGAAAUCCUAUAUAAAAGUUUUAAGUUGUUAUGAUGAUGAUGAUGGAUUAUAUUUUUCAUUUACUGCCAUAAAUGCUGCCUCCACCGUAUAUUUUUGUUAUCAGAUACUUAUUCACCUUAGCAUAAAUUUCAAAUUUUGGAAUUUGAAUCA